AUGGCCGCGCCCGAAGUAAAGACGCCUCCCAUCCGGGAUAUCUCCUCGGUUCAUGAGGAUCCAGAGAACAACAUCAUAUUUCACAAGAAUGUGUCAAUCCCACUCAAGGCCUCAAGUCUGCCCAUUCGCGCCAACGUUUACCUCCCGCUCUCGCACAAGACCAACUCCGGCGAGAAAUACCCCGUACUGGUGACCUACGGGCCCUACGGCAAGGAUAUCCCCUACGAGACAUUCUUCAAGGGCUCCUUCAGCGAAGUUAACUCAGAGCACCGCUCCAAGUAUUCGUCCUGGGAGACGCCCGACCCCGUGUACUGGACGCGCCAUGGCUACGCCAUCGUCCGCGCCGACGAGAGGGGGCUGGGCCAGUCGCCAGGCUUGCUCGACACUAUGAGCCGCGGCACGAGCGAGUGCUUCUUCGACGUUGUCGAGUGGGCCGCCGAGCAGCCCUGGUCGAGCGGCAAGGUCGGCCUGCUGGGCAUCUCCUACUAUGCUGGCUCGCAGUGGCGCGUCGCCGCGCGCCGCCCCAAGGGCCUGGCUGCCAUCAUCCCCUGGGAGGGCAUGUCCGACUACUACCGCGACCGCUGCCGCCACGGCGGCAUCCUGAGCAACCGCUUCAUCGGCUUCUGGUGGAACAGGCAGGUCUUGGUCAACCAGUAUGGGCUGGCUGGCCGGUCCAAGCUGACGUUCCCGCCUGACGGCCCCGGCGCGAGAGGUCAGGAGGACACCAUCGAGGGCGACCUGCCCGAGGACGUGCUAGUCGCCAACAGGCGUGAUCAGACCAAGGAUAACGAGGCGAACUCGUUCCGCGAUGAUGACUACUAUGCGAGCAAGGAGUACAAGCUGGAGGAUAUCGAAGUACCUGUGCUGAGUGUCGCAAACUGGGGCGGGAUCCUGUUGCAUUUGCGUGGUAAUGUGCAAGGGUAUCUGCACGCCGGGUCAAAGUUCAAGUACCUGCGUUUUAUCACUGGCCGCCACGACCUCCCAUUCUACUACAAAGAGGAGGUCGAGCUCCAGAAGGGGUUCCUGGACGCCUUCCUUAAGGGCGACGACCGGGUGGGCUGGAGUGUUCCAGGCAAGGUCGCCCCCGUCACAGUGACUCUGCGCAAGGGCAACGUUGGCUUCAACGACGCCGAGAAGGAGAAAGCGUACCCUAAGAGAGAGGAGACCGCAUGGCCGCUGCCCAGCACACAGUAUGUCAACUACUACCUUACCCCUGACCAAGGCUUGACGACUUGCAAGCCCGCCUCGGAGAAGAAGCAGCUGUCGUACAAGGCCUUGGGCACGCUGGACAAGCCCGAGCUCAUCCAGUUCACCACCCCACCAUUCGAGCAGGAGACCGAAAUCACUGGUCACCCUGUCGCUCACUUGAACGUUUCGGUGACACCAGAGAACGCUGGAAAUGAGACAGACAUCGACAUCUUUGUCACAAUCCGACACAUUGACGCCUCGGGGCAAGAGGUCUUCUACACAGGCACAGCCGGCGACGGAGUCCCACUUGUCAAGGGAUGGCUCCGGGUCAGCCUGCGCAAGGUCCACGACGAGAACCCGAAGCACAAGUCCUGGCUGCCUCACCGCGAGUACCUAUCGACCGAUGUGCAGCCUGUCAAGGCUGGCGAGGUGUACCCCGUCGACGUCGAGAUCUGGCCCACCAACGUAAUUGUAGACAAGGGGGGCAAGCUCGUGUUCGAGGUUUCCAGCGGUGACACUCAGGGAGCAGCCGUCUUCCAGCACAAUUCACAGGUUGAUCGCCCUGCGUCGAAAUUCGCUGGAAACAACCAUAUCCACUUCGGGGACGGUCUUGAGAAUUACGUGACUUUCCCAGUAAUUCCUUCCAAAUAG